UUGUCAUAGUCUAAUCAAUGUGUAUGCAUGUGUGUGUGUGAGUGAGUGGGGUCCCCCACUGUGCGCCUGGGAGUAUGUGAACGUGCGCAGUGGUCGAUAUGGUCACGCUUCGAAGGACGCCACUGCUUCCCUGCCUUCUGCUGUCGGCCAUCUUGGUGCUGCUGGUGUUGGUUGUGUGGCUCCCCCAGGGCGAUGUGUCAGACUGUGACCCCGCCCACUUUCCAUGUGGGACAACGUACAGAAAAAAGCCUCCACUGGUCGCCAAGGAGGGGUUGGAAUUUGGCCGAGACUCACCCCUCAUCAAGGAGUGCCCUGGCCAAUCAUUUCAGGCGUGGCGUCUCCUGCACUUCCUGAAGUCCAGUGUGAGCAUUGGCGAUGACGUCCUGCUGGAGCCGUACCUGCAGAGUUGGGAUCAGCUGAUCAUCUUCAUGGAGUCUCUGGGCCCCGUGGUUAGCUUCUUCUCGCAGAAGGUCAGUGACAAAGUGGCGCUGAUCCGUCGGUUGGCUCGCCAACACCAGGAACGCGGUUCGGAGGGCGGGCAGGCAUACCACUCGCUGAGUUCCAUGGUGGAGGCGGAGCAAAAACACGGGGUGGUCCACUUUUCCCGCCGCACGGACUCAGGCUGCAGGACGCUGCUGCGUUUGCAUCGGUCGUUGCUGUGGCUUGCCCUGACACUGAAUGGACUGACACACAUGCCCGACAAGCAAGGGCGCCUCAAGACACCCGGCGAGCUCAGCAGGGAGGCCUACCGGGUGGCGCUGGCCCCCCACCACUCAUGGGUGCUGCGACAGGCCGCCGAGCUCGUCUUCCUCGCCCUCCCAGACAGGAACCACUUCCUGCGGCUGGUGUGUGUGCAGAGCCAGCAGGAGGCGGAGCCUGUUCUGCGUACCCUCAUCCACGCUUUACAACUGGUCCAUGGUAGAACUCAGCUGAUACUGGAACAGAACGGAAUGCUGGAUCUGCCCUGAAAGCAACCAAGUCACAUGACCCAAAAACCACAACUCUAUUGAAUCUGGUGGUUCUCCACCAUCCAUGUGUUCCAUAAGAGUCUGUGGAGGACAACAACUUAUUGCACUCAAUGAAUAAAUGUG